GAUAAAAAAAAUAGAUACAAGUAUCUUAAUGGUGUGUAAAAUUGUGUGGAGAAGUAAAUAGGGAUGCUUACAUUUUUCCUCACACUGCACGCAAUUCGUAAUUAAACAUUCUGCCCAAGAGGUCAUAAGAAUAAAAGUGUUUGUUGUUUUCCCAUCUCCUUUAUGGAGGGCUUGCUCAUUGAAGCUAUUUGAUAUGAUAAGCAUCUCCUCCGGUUAGAAAACGUAUCAAUUCUGAAAGCGGGAAUAGUUAUUUUUUUCCUAAACCACUGCUACCGCCAUUUGGGAUGGACUCUCCAGCCAUGUAGACCUGCAGUCAGUGUUCCCCCCAGCGUUCUGCAUGAGGGAAAAUGGGGCGGUGGGGGAAGGACAGAUUGCCUCUGACUGUAGAAGCCUCAUCCCUUAAUCUUCCCUACGGGCUGGACGGCAGCCCCGUCAGAAGUUCGGAAAACGCAGGACACCCGCAGCACCGAGUCUGCCUGCCUGCCUUCCUUCAGCAAUUCCCGCGUUCCCGCCGCCAUUUUGGGAGCUGGGGCAGGCGGACUACACCUCCCAGCAUACCCGGCGCCGCAGCGCCAUCUUGCUCCGCCGCUCCGCGGGGCACUUCGGGCAGGUACUGCUGGCGACGAGCUGGGACAUGGCCUUGUUCCCGGCUUUCGCCGGUGCCCCAGAGCCCGGGGAGGCCCCAGCCGGCAGCAGCGAGGGCUCCAGGAAAGAGCUGGACUGGCUUAGUAACCCAAGCUUCUCUACGGAAGAUGCCCUGUUACUGCAUCAGCGCACUGCAGAAGCUGCAAAUCUCACCCCUGAAAAAUCACCACUAAUAAGUAGGAAGACUUCAAGAUCAGAUUUAUCAGGGGAAAGUGAUACAGAUGAGAGUCUGAAAAAGUCAAGUAAGAAAAGGAAAAAGAAAAAGAAAAAGCAUCACCACUAUAAGACAAAAAAGAAAGCCAAGGGGGACUCCAGUAGCAGCGAAUCAGAGCUGGACACGAAGCGCAUCAAGGACAAAGCUGCCACAAAUCUAGAUGAUAAAACAUCAAAUCUUACCAGCAACCGCUUUGUCUGGCUGGAUGAUGUCCAGGCUUUCACAGCAGAAACUUUCAGAAUAGACAAAAAAUCAGAUCCUGCAAACUGGGCCUACAAAUCCCUGUAUCGAGGGGACAUCGCAAGAUACAAAAGGAGAGGAGAGUCCUGUCUUGGCAUAGAUGCAAAGAAACAGUGUAUAUCUUGGGACGGCACAACGUCAGAAAAGAAGCAAUUGCAGAGGCGACCUGAGCGCUACUUCUCAAAGAACAACGUGAAGAGCCUGAACACAGAUGGGAUUCCUGUUUGCAAUAGAAGUUCUCCAUCUGGCCCAGCUGCGUUUAUACCAGUUUUCCACGUGGAAACCAGUGAUCCUUCUGACACAACAGAAGUAAAUCCUCUUGGGAUUUAUGAUCCAUCAACUACAGAGUGGCUACAAGGAAAAGGGUACAAAGGUGAAGAACAGGAGCCUGUAAAUCCGCAGCAGGCGUUUCAAGAUUCUGGGAUAAAUGUUAACCCCAUUCUAAUGACAAAAGUGGAAGAACAUAAUAAGAAAGUCAGAGAAAAUCCAAGAGACAUUCAGGCUUGGAUGAAUUUUGUUUCAUUUCAGGAUGAAUUAAUGAGAGGACCUAGCCCUUAUGCCAGUAUGGGAGAGCAGGAAGUAAGAAGAAAAUCACUGAAGUUAAUCUUGGAGAAGAAACUAGCUAUUUUAGAGAGGGCAAUUGAAAGCAAUCCAAGUAACGUUGAUCUGAAACUCGCCAGGCUGAAUGUUUGCACGGAAUUCUGGGAAUCACCAGCUGUGAUCAAAGAAUGGCAGAAGCUAAUUUUCAUACAUCCCAAUAAUCCAGAGCUGUGGAAGAAAUAUCUCCUGUUCUGCCAAAGUCAAUUCAGUACCUUUUCUGUUUCAAAAAUCAAUAGCCUCUAUGGAAAAUGUUUGACUACCUUGGCAGCUGUACAGGAUGGCAGCAUGGUAUCACAUCCUCCACUGCCUGGCACAGAGGAAGCUAUGCUUGCUAUCUUUAUUCAGCAGUGCCACUUUCUGAGACAAGCUGGCCAUUCUGAGAAGGCGGUGUCUUUGUUUCAGGCUCUGAUUGACUUCACCUUCUUUAAACCUGACAGCGUAAAAGAUCUGCCAACAAAGGGACAGGUGGAAUUCUUUGAGCCUUUUUGGGAUAGUGGAGAACCACGAAUUGGAGAAAAAGGAGCAAGAGGCUGGAGAGCAUGGAUGCACCAACAAGAAAAGGGUGGCUGGGUUGCUGUUGACAAUCCUGAUGAUGAUGAUGAAGAAGAAAUGGAUGAGGAUGAAGAAAUAAAGGAUAAAACUCUCCCCAAGUGGCACAUUUGGAUGGAUAUUGAAUAUUCUCGUGAAUCAAGACAUUGGUUACCUUGGAGGCCAGACAAAACCAAAAAUCAAGCAGAAGAAGACUGUGAAGAUCCAGAAAGACAGGUAUUAUUUGAUGAUCUUGGGCCAUCUUUAAUCCAGCUUUCUAAUCCAGACAUUCAGCAUCAAUUACUGUACUCAUUUUUGCAAUUCCUGGGAGUUCCAUGUAUAAGUAAACUCUUUCCUCCCAACCUCUAUAUUGCCAUGGAUGAAAAUAAUAUCUUUGACAACGUGCUUUCUGAUGAAAAGCCACUGACUUCUACUGAUACACCACUUUCUGGAUUCAACAGUAUUGGUCAUAUGGACACAAUGCUAAGGAGGAGACAUCACAUAGGCCACUGUAAAGAUGGAGAGGAGUUCAUACAGAAUGUUUUUCAUGUUCUAUCUCCGCUGUUUUCAGGAAAGGAAAAAUCAAACCUGUCCAUUUGUUGGUUACAGUAUGAAAUAUCAAAGGUAGUUCAGUGUAUCCAAACAAAAAAGAAGAAGAAGCUGAAGGCUCAAGGGAGGAAAAGUAAAAAAUUGGCCAAGAAUCUCCUUAAAGCACCUGACAACAGAAAUAACCUUACUCUCUGGAAACUCUACGCCUACCUGGAAUGGCUGCUUGGAAACACUGACGAUGCUAGGAAGGUGUUUGACACAGCCCUCUGCACAGCAGGGACGGGAGGACUGAAGAGUCCCCAGCUGUGCAGCCUCAGUCUGCUUUAUGCCCAGCUGGAAGUGGAGCUACUGCAAAGUUUAGAAGGAGCUGUUACGUCACGUGCUGUUCAUAUAUUGACCAAAUUGACUGAAAGUGGACCAUACGUACCCUACAAUGGACAAGUGUUAUCUGUUAGUGUCUUGAAAGCUCGUAAGACAUACGAGCAUGCACUGCAAGAUUAUUUAAAUAAGGCACCGGUUUCUGAUCAGGAUCGGGCCAGUAAUUCCAAUCAACUGGUUAACAUAGUUGGCUGUUACACAGUGUUCCAGUAUUUGACUGUUGGAAUUGACGCUGCAGAAUCAGUAUGUGUGCAGGCUUUGGAAAAGCUUGAAGCUUCUCAUCCACAGAAAUGUGAAAAUACUGCAGAGACUUCCAGCAUUCAGCAUUUUCCCACUGCUCUUGAGGCUGUCACACUGCUGCGUGCAAAUUUACUCAGAUUCCACAUGAAAAUUAGUGCUUAUCCUUUGAGUCCUUUGCGAGAAGCACUAACAGGGGCCCUCAAAUGGUUUCCUAGCAACCAGGCUCUAUGGAGAGCAUAUAUUCAAAGCCAGAGGAAGUCUCACAGUGCUAGCAAGGCACGAAGGUUUUUCGAUGGUGUCACAAGGUCUACUAACUCUUUAGAGCCAUGGCUGUUUGCCAUCCAAGCAGAGCAGAUGAGAAAAAAACUGAUUGAGAAUGUCCAGAGGGCAGAUGUUGGUGAAAUAUAUACUACUAUUCCUGAAACUGGGUUAACAAAUAGGAUUAUAUCUCUAUUUGAACACGCGAUUCAGAGUGAAAAUGGUACCCACUGUCCCUUGCUGUGGAGAAUGUAUUUGAACUUUCUGGUUUCAGUUGGAAAAAAAGAAAAGAGUAAAGGAUUGUUUUAUAAAGCCAUUCAAAGCUGUCCUUGGGCAAAGGUACUCUACAUGGACGCAGUGGAAUACUUCCCUGAGCAGCUGCAGGAGACGCUCGAUCUCAUGACUGAAAAAGAAUUAAGAGUGCGGGUACCUAUGGAAGAGCUGGAUCUACUAUUAGAGGUUUAAAAGAAGAUAAGGAUGAAGAAAAUACAAAGCCGGUUCUAAAACUAACACUUAGAACUCUUUUCAAACAAGAACUCUGUUUUGUGACUUGAGUAUUGUAUACUUCUCCCCACCCCCUCCCCCCAAGUUUUUGUACAAAUUGCUACCAAAAUGGAGUUCUAGCUGAAAGCAUUCCAGGAUCAAGAACUGCAUUUAGCCCACAAAAAUGCACCCAUUCACUGAAGUAGCGCUGACUUCCACAGGAUACCCUCUUACAAACGUAGUCCUGUUGUACACUGCCCACAUUUCUUAUUCUAUUGUUUGAAGUUAUAUGCCAUCGAGUUCAGUAGAGAUUCCAUAUGCGCUAACUAUAGCUUGGUGAGCCCCACAGGAAAUAAACAUCUGCCCCAUGGGUUCCCCACUCUCUUCCUGCUGGCAGACCUCAGUAAUCUCCUUCAGUUUGGUAUGCACGUGUCUGUAAGUACCAAGUCACUGCGAGUUACAUCUGUUGUGGACAGCUGGUAAAAGCCAAAUCUUAUCUUCAACAGACACCUGUUAUGGACUUGUAUUGGAAUGUUUUGACAAAUGACUUUUAAUAUGAAUAUUUAUGAAAUACAUACCUUAAUUUUUAUAAUUCAAA